CAGCUUAGUCUAUGACGGGACGCUCUUUGCUAGUGACGUGCGCCUUCUCUCAAAUGCGGCCUACAUCUUCAUUGGGCACGUACUAAUCAAUACGAGUCAACCGCUGUUAACCAGUUACCGCUAGAGUUUCCAUAAGGUUGUCGUCAUAUCGUGAAGAAGUUCGGAUUUAAUGACAGUUUUGAAAAUUUUGUCAUUCGGUAGACAAGGAUACACUUCCGAUGGCCACGCAAUUGGUGUGCUUUCGAUGCACCUGCCAUUAGAAAACACAUCCGGAAUGGGCAGUGUAGUGAAAGACACGCGAACCGGAAAUGCGGUUAAUUGUGCGGUGUCCUUUGCGUUGAGUCAGCGUUCGAGUAAAUAGUGCUCAGCUCUGUGACUACGUGUCGAAACCGCGGAGGUGGUUGCAAAUCGAAUCACGCUCAAGUCUAGGGAUGUUAUUACCCAAAGUGAUAAAGAAAGUUAAAAAGUGUCCUUAAUUGUAUUUUGCACGAAGAGUUAUUGUGUGCCUGUGUGCAGGGUUGAGUACAUUCGAAGCAAAAAGUAAAGGAAACGCUGUUGGUUGGAAACAAACGGAGUAGCGAUCGGGCUGAUAAGACGUAAAGAAUGAUUAUAUUCCUAUAUUUGGUUCUGGUUCUCGCAUGGGCCUUGUUGAUCAUCGUUCUUAAGUGCAAAAAGGCUCGCGCCAAACGGCUAGCCGAACUGCAGGAAGCCUCCCAGUCUGUCCACGUGGUACAGAUAGGGUCUAAUCUAUACGACAUAAUGGCCAUUCAGCACCAUCACCACCAUCGGAGUCCGUACGGGACGAUGUAUGACUGUCUGGGAACGGUGGCCGACCAGCAGACAAACGGACGGUCCACAACGACCAACGUCACCCACUCCAAUGCGGCUUUCGUGGGAGACGACGGUAGUGUUUAUCCAGGGAGCAACAUUCCCCCUCUGGAGCCGCCGCCAUCGUACGAGGAGGUAAUACGAUUACCAGCUUACUACCCUAAAGUGGAGACUUUUGUGCCGGAAAUGGUGGUACCAUCGUCGGUCCCCUCUCAACAGGCUCCGGAAACAUCACCCGUGCCUCCUGUCUAUAGCGAUCCCGCGACUGGCGGAAAUCGAAGUGACGUUCAACCUAUAGCUACUAUUGGAGAGCGCAUAAAGCCAGCUUCAAGCACGGCAGUAACGUCAACGACAAGUUCCUAGUACCUUCGGUUAUUAAAGAACACUAACAGUAGUUUGUAUAGCAAUUCGUGUUGUUACUAGGAUUUAAGGCGCACCUUUUAGUACAGUUUUGUGCACAAUUGGUUGGAAUCUCAAUGCUAGGAAGUAAACGUGUGAAAUUUGUUUCCUGAAUAGUGGACGAGUAACUUAAGAUGACGCCCAGCAUUUAGUUUUAUCGCAGUUACUUUGGUUAAGUCAUUUGAUUAUUAAAAAAUAUAAAUAUUUAAAGAAAAACAAGGUGGGAUUAUAAUAAGUAAAUAAUGAAACAUUUCUAAUGUGUACCGAUAAACUCUCUAGUUUUCACGUGUGAUUUAAUAUCAUUCUCAAUAAAAGUGAUGGUCCUCUGCUUAAUGAUGGUUCUACGCCUUCCAAUCAAUCAUCUAGUUACGGAUGCUUUUGUUGGACAAUACAAAAUGAAUCUUCUAUCAGAUAUGCCCGGUUUCAGAUUAUUUAUUGAUUUCAACAAUAUCAAUUUAUCAAAACAAAACAAAUGGUUUGCCUUUGGUCUCAACGUUUUCGCGGAAGGCGAAAAAUUUA